AUGGUUAAAUACAUUCUUGUCUGUGGAGGUGUUAUUUCUGGUAUCGGAAAGGGUGUUAUAGCCUCAAGUACAGGUCUUAUACUCAAGACCGCAGGAUUGAAAGUCACUGCUAUUAAGAUUGAUCCUUAUAUGAACAUAGAUGCUGGUACUAUGGCUCCUACUGAACAUGGUGAGGUAUACGUCCUCAAUGAUGGUGGAGAGACCGAUUUAGACCUCGGAAAUUACGAGAGAUACCUUGAUGUAUCUUUGAACAGGGAUAAUAAUGUUACUACCGGAAAAGUUUACCAACACGUCAUUGACCGAGAAAGAAAAGGAGAUUAUCUCGGUAAAACUGUUCAGAUCAUUCCGCAUCUUACAAAUGCAAUUCAGGAUUGGAUUGAAAGGGUAUCAAAGAUUCCAGUAGAUGGUACAGGUGAAGAACCGGAUGUUUGUAUCAUUGAGCUCGGUGGAACAGUUGGUGAUAUCGAAUCUAUGCCAUUCGUCGAAGCUAUGAGACAAUUCCAGUUCAGAGUAGGACAUGAAAAUUUUGCUUUGAUCUAUGUCUCUUUGAUUCCUGUUGUUGGUGGUGAACAAAAGACUAAACCUACUCAAGCUGGUGUAAGAGAUUUGAGAGGAUUGGGUUUGUUACCUGAUUUAAUCGCUUGUAGAUGUACCGACCCUCUGUUGACAGCGACAAUGGAGAAAGUCUCAAUGUUCUGUCACGUCUCACCGCAACAAGUCUUAGGUGUACAUAACGUUUCUUCAACUUAUCAUGUACCAUUACUACUUCAACAACAAGGAAUGUUGAACUACUUCAAAAAGAGAUUAAACCUUGAUGAGAUUACAGUUAAUGAUAAAUUUAAGCAAAAAGGGGAAGAAUUUAUGGGUAGAUGGAAGGCUUUGACCGUUGGCCAAGAACGUCUAUUCGAUACUGUAUCUAUCGUUCUGGUCGGUAAAUAUACCACACUUGAAGAUUCUUAUAUGUCUGUGGUGAAAGCUUUGGAACACGCUUCAAUGCGAUGUGGCCGAAAGCUUGAGCUUCAAUGGGUGGACUCUUCUGACCUUGAGCCCCAAACGCAAACCUCCAACCCCGUUAAAUUCCACGAUGCCUGGUCCGCGUUAUGUUCCGCUAAGGGUAUUAUCGUUCCCGGUGGGUUCGGCCAUCGAGGUACAGAAGGUAUGAUUGCAGCCGUGAAAUGGGCCCGAGAACAAAAAGUACCUUUCUUGGGUAUAUGUUUGGGUUUCCAAGUUGCUGUCAUUGAAUGGGCUAGAAACGUGUGUGGAUUACAAGAUGCCAACUCUGCCGAGCUUGUACCUGAAACCAUACAUCCUGUGAUAUGUUUCAUGCCUGAGAUCUCUAAAACUGUCAUGGGCGGUAAUAUGAGAUUAGGUCUUCGACCGACCAUCUUCGAACCUAAGACUGAAUCAUCUAAACUCCGAAAGUUGUACGGCUCGAAAGAAGUUGCUUGGGAGAGGCACAGACAUAGAUACGAGGUGGAACCUAAAUAUGUGGAUGAAUUAGAAUCUAAAGAUGGAUUAAGGUUUAUUGGUAAAGACGAAAGAGGUGAAAGAAUGCAAAUGUUAGAAUUGGAUGACCACCCAUACUUUGUGGCAUUACAAGCACAUCCUGAGUUCUGUUCACGUCCAUUAAACCCUUCACCACCAUUCUUAGGUUUGAUAGCAGCUGCGUGUGGAUCAUCGGUAUUAUCUGAUCAAAUCAAAUUGAACGAGAAUGGUGGAUAUGUCGAUCCUCAUCCUGAAGAAUCAAAAGUCGUCCCUGCUUCUCAAGCACAUACCGCUCAAGGUAAAAACAAGAAGCAAAACGUUGAUGGUAUUAAGGUAAGAGAAGAGGUUGAAGGUGAUUUGAAAGAGAAAGAACAACAAUUGGAUGGUGUGACGAAAGCAAGUGAAUAG